UAUACAUCACGACAAUAGGAUUGAUGGAAUAUUCGUAUUGGCGCUAACACAACUCUUUAACCCCAAAAUAGUUGGCCACCAAAUAAAGAUAUUUAUCAAAUCUAAGCCUCACAGAUUCCAAACAGAAAAUUCAUACAAUACAGGAUUAACGAUUAAUCGUAAGCAGUGAAUGGCAAGUUCGUUGGAAGCAAACAAUCAAAGCCUAAAAAUGUUGGAACCUGAAAAGGAAGAUUCUUUACACCAGGAUGAUGAUUUUGCCAACUGUCACCAUCAAAUAACAGUUGAACCCAUAGUAUUUUGUUAUGCAUUUGGUAUUCUACUUCAUUUACCCACAAUUCAACAGUAUAUUCAUUACCGGGUCAGCGAAUCAAAAGGUCUAGCAACAAAUAAGACAGAGCACUAUAGACACUUCGCAAACCAUUCUUCAGUCUCUUCCCAUAGUAAUGUUGAGCUACAAAGGAUAAUAAAGGAUACGCAUAGCGAAACCUCGUUUAUCCUUUUGGGUACAACAAUCAGCUCAACCAUCCCGACACUUUUUAUGACACUCCUUUUGGGCUCAUGGUCGGAUAACGUUGGAAGACGUACCGUGAUAGCAAUCGCCAUAUUAGGCAGCAUUACAGAAAGCGUGUUAAUUCUCAUCAUAAUGUGCUUUAAGUUGAACAUAUAUUACUUAAUGUUAUCCAGUUUUAUUGGGGGACUAUGCGGUUAUUUCCCCACCAUAACAUUAUCCGUAUUCUCGUAUAUUGCCGACAUCACCCGACCGGAAAAACGUGCAUUUCGUUUGGGAAUUUUAGAAGCAAUUGCCUUCAUCAGCGGGAUGUUGAGCCAAAUCUCCAGCGGUUGGUGGAUAGAGAAAAGUGGAUAUUUGACGCCUUAUUAUCUCAUCACAACACUCUAUUUAAGCGCUUUUCUUUACACAAUAUUUAUACUACGUGAAUCAAGACAAGGAAACGAAAAGCCUCAGACCAAAGGAUUAUGUCAAUUUCAGCACAUAAAAGAGAUAAUACGUUUAUUCAAAGAGCCACGGAAUGGUGAUAAAUGGAGACUGGUCCUUCUCACUUUUACCACCGCAAAUAUCAUGAUGUCAUCAACAGGGUUCGGUAGCGUGUUCAUAUUGUACGCGUUGGGCUCUCCAUUACAAUUUAACUCAAUCCUUAUUGGUUAUUUCUUAGCAACAAGUUUCUUCAUUCAAGCAACAGGUACUAUCCUUGGUUUGAGGUACAUGUCUUUGUGUAUGUCGCAGACGCUUCUCGCUCAGAUUGGAAUAAUUUCUGUCAUUGCAUCAUUGUGCUGUGUGGCUUUCAUUGAGGAUCCACAUAUAAUUUUUGCAGUUCCUAUAGUUGAGUUUGGGGGUGUCACAACACCAGAAGUACGAUCAAUGAUGUCUGGGAUUGUCAACGAGAAUGAACAAGGGGCAUUAUUUGCUGGAGUAAUAGCAGUGGAAACAGUUUUUACACUCCUUGGUGCGUUGCUAUUUAAUUCAUUGUAUUCAGCUGCAACACAACUUGGUUUUAGUCAACUUGUGUUUCUUGUCAUGGCAACAGUAUUAGUUAUUCCCCUCACUGUACUUCAGAUUAUCAAGAAAAAUCCUCACAAGAAGCCGGAGAAUUUGUGACAAUAAACAAGUAUUUGCGUUAUAAAGCUUCAUAACAAUAGAUUUUAUUCACUUCCACAACUUUAACAUAACUUAUAAAUAAUGACGUCACUUUCAACCUUGUUCGAAAUUGCGCAUGUCUGUAUUUUUCAUCAACAAUUGUGCAAACUCAUUAUAUCGAUACAAAAAGUUUGGUCACGAUAGUUGUCAAAACAUUACAAUCAUUAAUUUAUUUGAUCGAGUUCGUAAA